CACUCGUCCCGAGUCCGGAUCCUCAGCAUGUCGGAGACCGCGCCCGCCGCGCCCGCCGCCGCCCCCCCGGCGGAGAAGGCCCCGGUAAAGAAGAAGGCUGCCAAGAAGCCUGCGGGGGCGCGCCGCAAGGCGUCCGGGCCCCCGGUGUCCGAGCUCAUCACCAAGGCGGUGGCCGCGUCCAAGGAGCGCAGCGGCGUGUCCCUGGCCGCGCUCAAGAAGGCGCUGGCGGCCGCCGGCUACGACGUGGAGAAGAACAACAGCCGCAUCAAGCUGGGCCUCAAGAGCCUGGUGAGCAAGGGGACCCUGGUGCAGACCAAGGGCACCGGCGCCUCGGGCUCCUUCAAGCUCAACAAGAAGGCGGCCUCCGGGGAGGCCAAGCCCAAGGCCAAGAAGGCGGGCGCGGCCAAGCCCAAGCGGGCGGCGGGGACGGCCAAGAAGCCCAAAAAGGCAGCGGGGACCGGCACCCCCAAGAAGAGCGCCAAGAAGACCCCGAAGAAGGCCAAGAAGCCCGCCGCGGCCACCGUCGCCAAGAAGGUGGCCAAGAGCCCCAAAAAAGCGAAGGCGGCCAAACCCAAGAAGGCGGCCAAGAGCGCGGCUAAGGCCGUGAAGCCCAAGUCGGCCAAGCCCAAGGUUACCAAACCCAAGAAGGCUGCGCCCAAAAAGAAGUAUUUUGUCUUUGUUACUGUCGAAAUGGCAGCCUCUGAGAUUUUAGCUUCUUUGAGGACCAGCAUCCCAUGAAGUACACACUGAAGAUACCCAGCUAUGGAAAGAAUCUAUAUUUCGUGAAUUAACCACCUCUAGAAUAGUACUGUCUAUAGCCAUAACACAAAUUAGGAAAAGAGAAACAGGUGAAAUCAAUUUUAAUAAGUUAUUUAACCUAAUAUAUCCAAAAUAUUCUUGUUCAACAUAAAAUCAAUGUAAAAAUAUUUGAGAUAUUUUACAUUCUUUCUUAUUUCUUAUAGUAUGUCUUUGGAAACUUUGCAUGCAGCACCUCUAUGUUCCUACUGUCCUGUUUCAAGAGGUCAGUUAAGUGCAUGUGGCUCAUGGCAACCACGUGGACAACAAAACUCUAGAACACUCUCUGGUCCCAAAUACUCUGGUCUUCUCUAACCUUAUUUCGACUUAAAGCUUGCAUGUCACCGUGUCUUAAUAUAUACCGUCUUCUGUGGCCUAAACUUUGGUAAAACAUCGACCUUUAAGAAUGGUUGACUAGUCCGAAGGUCAUUGGGCUGAUAUGAACCACCCAAAAUUUUGUUUAUAAACUGAAACUGAGUUACAGGGAUCCCUGAGUGGCGCAGCGGUUUGGCGCCUGCCUUUGGCCCAGGGCGCGAUCCUGGAGACCCGGGAUCGAAUCCCAUAUCGGGCUCCUGGUGCAUGGAGCCUGCUUCUCCCUCUGCCUGUGUCUCUGCCUCUCUCUCUCUCUCU